AUGGCGGCCCAGUUAUCGCUCAUCCACGGCCCCAAAGAGCCCGAGCUCCUGACAAAUACAACUUUAUGCGAUCUCAUUCACGAACAGGCGGGUCGCUACGGUGAUCGUCCGGCCGUGGUUGUCCCUUGGCAAUCCGUCCGACUGUCCUAUCGCGACCUGGCGACUCGAAGUAAAGCGGUAGCAAAGGCACUGUUAGAGAUGGGUCUCAAACAUGGGGAUGGUAUAGGAAUCAUGGAUGGGAACAGUUCCGAAUACGUGGAGGUCUUCAUGGGGGCAGCACGAAUUGGGUGUCCGGUUGUCGUGCUGAACACUACGUACACCCCGGAGGAGUUGAAGAACGCCGUGCACCGAAGCUGCUGCAAGCUGGUCUUCAUUGCACCUCGUAUCGGAUCUCGAAGCCUAGCUGGCCAUAUCGGGGUUCUCCAUGGUCAUCAAGACCGCAAUCCAGAGCUCCCAGAGCUUCGAGGGGUGGUUUGCUUGAGGGGGGAUGUUGGUGGUGCGCCAGGCGUCAUGUUAGAGUCAUAUGCACAAUUCACGGCGAGGAGCAGUACAGUGCACGAGGGAGAUGCGCUGCUUGCACAAUCAGAGCGGGGCCUUGCACCGGAAGAUGUGCUGAACUUGCAGUUCACAUCCGGUACGACGGGCUCCCCCAAAGCCGCUAUGUUAACCAAUAUCAACAUCAUCAACAAUGCACGUUUCGUCGGCAACGCCAUGCGCCUCACACCGGAGGAUGUCGUCUGUUGUGGCCCGCCUUUAUUCCACUGUUUUGGCCUCGUCAUGGGUCUGCUAGCCGCAUUCUGCUACGGAAGCUCUAUCCUCUUCCCGUCGGAUCAUUUCCGCGCCAGUAGCGUUGUGGACGCCGUUAUGAGCGAGGACGCCACGGUAAUCCUAGGAGUGCCUACGAUGUUUGUAGCUGAAUUGGAGGUCAUUGCAAAAACAGGACAGCGGCCACGACGCCUCAGGACCGGACUGGCAUCGGGAUCAGCGGUGUCCCAGAACCUAAUGAGCCAGCUGCGUGAGCUGAUGGGGUGCGAUAAGAUGCUCAUUGCGUAUGGAAUGACAGAGACAAGCCCGGUGAACUUUAUUACGUCCUUGGAUGAUCCGGAGGAGAAGCGGACUGCCACUAUUGGUAGAGUGAUGCCUCAUACCGCGGUGAAAGUAAUUGACCAGACGGGCCGGAUUGUGCCCAGAGGUCAAAGAGGCGAGCUGUGCGUCAGCGGCUACGCAUUGCAGAAAGGAUAUUUUCGAAAUGAGGAAAAGACGAGGGACGUGAUGAGGAGGGAUGAAAAUGGGGUGCUCUGGAUGCACACCGGGGACGAAGUCUUGCUGGAUGAGCAGGGAUACGGGCACAUCACCGGUCGCAUCAAGGACAUUAUCAUUCGAGGGGGGGAGAAUAUUUUCCCCCGGGAGAUUGAGGAUCAGCUGAUGUCGCACCCCUCUAUCAGCGAAGCCAGCGUCAUCGCCAUUAAGGACGAGCGAUACGGAGAGGUUGUUGGAUGCUUCUUGAAAGCUGCUGUGGGGUGCCAGAGACUCUCGGAUCCCGAAGUCAGACAAUGGGUCAGUGACAAGCUCGGUCGUCACAAGACCCCCCAGCAUGUGUUCUGGUUGGGAGAGCAUGGAAUGGGAGACGACUUUCCCAAGACUGGCAGUGGCAAGCACCAGAAGCACGUCAUGCGGGAGAUUGGGAAUCGGCUGCACAUUAACAGUAUGGAUGAAUCAAACACAAUGUCAUCAGCCUCACCAUCCGUACGAAUAGUCGAGGUCGGGCCCCGCGAUGGACUCCAGAAUAUUCGCGACCCAGUGGACACGACGACCAAACUAGAGCUGAUUCGUCGACUACGAGCAACAGGACUCCAGACCAUCGAAUUAACCUCGGUCGUCUCCCCUCGAGCAAUCCCUCAGCUGGCAGAUUGUCGGCAGGUCUUGCAAAAUCCAAUGAUUCAGCAAUUAUUACGCACCUCGGACCUCCGUCUGCCGGUUCUUGUGCCGAACCUCAAAGGCUUUCAGAUCGCCGUCCAGCAUGGGGUCAAAGAGGUUGCGGUCUUUGUCAGCGCCACAGAGGGGUUUAGUCGAGCCAACAUAAAUAGCACGGUCGAAGAGGGUCUGGCGAGAGCGAAGCAAGUGGCAUCUGCUGCAGUGAACGCUAACAUUGCGGUCCGAGGCUAUGUAUCGUGUGUAUUCGCAGACCCGUAUGACGGCCCGACGCCGACCUCCUCGGUGCUCCGGUGUGCAAAGACACUCCUGGAGGCUGGGUGCUACGAAGUGAGCCUCGGCGAUACCUUGGGAGUGGGCACUCCUCUCGAGGUCCGCCGCCUUGUUACAUAUCUCAAGGAGAAUGACAUACCGCUCGAGCAACUCGCAGGCCAUUUCCAUGAUACUUACGGGGGAGCGGCAGCGAAUGUGUGGGAAGCCUACAGGUGUGGUGUUCGGGUAUUUGACAGCAGCGUGGCUGGGCUUGGUGGCUGCCCGUUUGCUCCUGGGGCAAAGGGUAAUGUAGCGUCAGAGGAUCUAGUCUAUAUGUUUCAGAAGUCUGGAGUCGAUACGGGAGUAGACUUGUUGAAACUGGCAGAGACCGGGGCCUGGAUAUCGGAGCGACUGACGAAAUCAAACUCCAGCCGCGCGGGAGCAGCGUUGGUCGUGAAGCACAAGUUGACUCAACAAUCGGCGAAUGCAAUUAACCUGCAGUGGACGGUCGUCGGAGAAAACGAAGGACUACUCCUGUCCCGCAGCGGUGUGAAUUUGAAAAUCACUUUGAACCGUCCAAAGAACGGCAACGCUCUCUCUGCGGCAUUGACCGAUGAACUCACAACAGUAAUCAAGAACGCCAAUGCGGACCCAUCAAUCACCCGCAUCAUUCUCACUGGCAACGGGAAGUUCUUCUGCACGGGAAUGAAUCUAGCCAAAGGAAGUACCCCCGUGGCCCAGGGAGGGUCAACAAGCGACACACAAUAUGACAGGCUUGUCAAUCUCCUGGAAGCUAUCGACCAGAGUCCCAAAGUAACCAUCGCGUGUCUGAACGGGCCUGCAUUUGGUGGUGGUGUCGGGCUUGCGUUUGCCUGCGACAUUCGACUGGCCGUUAAAGCCACGAGCGUAACCCUGAGCGAAGUAAAGCUGGGCCUGUGCCCAGCGACCAUCUCCAAAUAUGUCAUUCGAGAAUGGGGGAUUCCUUUCGCUCGAGAAGCCAUGCUGUCUGCGCGGUCGGUGACAGCGGCUGAACUCAAGACACGAGGGCUCGUCGUGGAGGUUGCGGAAGAUCCCGAGCAGCUAUCCAUAGUGUUAGAUGGCUUUCUGACCCGACUUAAAAUCGCUUCAUCAGCAGCAUCCCGGAUGUCGAAGGAUUUGGUGAGGCUUGCAUGGGUGCAUGGUGGAAAAGAUGAGCAGGCGAGGGGGAUCAAGGAGUUGUUCGAUGAGAUGAUGAAGCCUGAUGCGGACGGAUCCUACGGUGUAAACAAGUUCCAGGCCAAACACCCGGUGGACUGGGACGCGUACGAUCUGCAACGAUCAAAGCCGCGGUUGUAG